UGGUUAGCAUAUAAAAUGGAAAUGUUCGAGAGAAAAGUGCCUCAGUGCGACACGAUUCACAGCCCAGAAAUGAUUUCAUUUAUUUGGAUCGCAAUUCUAGCACCUUUUCUGGUAAACGGCGUUUCGUCGCUCCGUUGCGAAAUUUUAACAAAUUUCUCGCCCGUUGUGUGCAUUCCAAAUGCCGGUUGUAUCCGCGGAAAGUCUACACCCGGAAUGGGGAACGACCCGUACGACGCCUUCCAGGGAAUUCCAUUCGCCAAGCCACCGCUGGACAAGUUGAGAUUUUCGGACCCAGUUCCAAAUGAUCCAUGGGUCGGAGAAUACGACGCCACGUGGGAACGUAGCGCUUGUUUGCAGAAGACGGACCUGAGAGUUGCUGCUGUCGUUAUGGGCAGCGAAGACUGUCUCUAUCUGAAUGUGUUCCGGCCGAGGAUCAACACGACGAACGGGGAAAAGCUUGCCGUUAUGGUGUACAUACACGGAGGUGGUUUUUUCUCUGGUUCUGCCUCGACGGGAGUUCUGGGACCGGAAAAAUUCAUGAAAACUAAACGUGUCAUCCUUGUUACCAUACAAUAUCGCCUCGGAGUGUAUGGAUUUCUUUCAACGGGCGAUCAUGCCGCAAGGGGUAAUUUUGGAAUGAAAGAUCAAGUCCUGGCGUUAAAGUGGGUCAACAAAAACAUCGACGCUUUUGGGGGUGAUUCAAACUUGAUUACCAUUUUCGGACACAGUGCAGGGGGAGCUUCCGUCCAGCUGCAUAUGUUGAGUCCGCUGAGCAGACGAUUAUUCUCGCGGGCGAUUGUGAUGAGUGGAAGUGCGUUGGCUAUUUGGAGUACUCCUCUGCAAAAUCCACUCGAACAGGCCCAAGCUCAAGCCAAAGCCGCAGGGAUACCGGCCUCAGAGGAGCUAUCAACAGAGGAACUAGUGGACAAACUUCGUCAGAUAGAUCCUGUCAAUCUUGCGAGCAGCAUCGAUAAACUGAAAACUUGGCAUCGUGCUCCAUUGGUCGUUUAUCGCCCCACAAUAGACGGAGAAUUUCUUCCGGAGGCCCCAAGAACCAUGUGGAAAGAGGGGAAAUAUCAUCACAUUCCUUGGCUUAUCGGUUAUGCACCGAAUGAAGGGUCAGUUGCUUCCCUUGCAAUCAUUACCAACGAAACAUUGCUGAAUGAUUUCAGCCGCAAUAUUCGCUCAUUGUUGCCAUCAUUUUUGGGGGAAAGAAGAAACACACCUGAUGCUCUGGAAUUGAUAAAGGGCCGCUACUUUCCUGGCAAUUCAGAAGGAAGUUGGUUGAAUUGUGAGAAUUUAAACAACCUAUCAGAUAUUAUUGGAGAUGCGUGGAUAAAAUAUCCUAUAAUCGACAACAUCAAGCAGCACGUGAAGCUCUCUAACGAAUCAAAUUGGAAUGUCUAUUAUUUUAAUUUUAAAGGACGCUAUUCUUAUUCGUAUAUUUAUACCAAUAACCUAGCUAACUUUGGAACAGUACAUGAGGAUGAACUUCUCUACCUAUUUCGAUCUCCGGCACUUUUUCCUGAUUUUCCGGUGGGGUCUCCGGAAUAUCAUGCCUCGGAAGCAUGGGUUAAUCACUAUGUCUCUUUUGCGCACACUGGACACACUGAGAACUGCGACGAACAAAAGUGUCGCAUUUUGGAGCUGACCAAUUCUGAUGGCGCAAGCGGAGAGGUCGUGUUCAACGUGAUUCAACAUCUCGAUGACAACAUGUACAACUUUUGGAACCAACACUAUAAUAAAUAAUUGUUAACUUAAAAUGAUACAAAA